AUGGCGAUGAUGCUCCAAGAACCACGCACCGCUCUUCCCCCGCCUCCCCCCGCCCCGACCGGGUUUUGCUGGGAGCCCCCGGGGCGUGUACGAGCCCGAGCCCAGCCGGGCCAGUGCUGCCCGGGCUCGGGCUCAGUCCCGGUCCCCGUCCCGGUCCUUGUCCCACCGCGAUGUGAGCGCUCUCGCAUCAUGGCCCGGCAGAGAGACCUGGACAAGCUGCUGUCAGACCUGCAGUCCUUCCUCCUCAUCCUUGACCGGGAAAGCCUCAGUGCUGUGGCUCAGGCCAAGAAGAAGUCGGUGGCUGAUCUCCUCUCCCGACUGCAGAGCCCCCCGUCAGAGGAUGCAGAGUACAUGAUCAUGCGCUGCCUCUCGCCUUCCCUGGGGAUCCCGCAGGACCAGGCUGGUCCAGGAACCAGGACAAUGGGAGGGAAAGACUGUGAGUGUGGCCCAGCCAGCACUGUGAGCCUGCACGGACGGAGCAAGGUGCCGGGCAUGUUGCCAUCCCCACCAGCUGAUGACUCCUAUGAAGAUGCCGAACCCCUCAGCUCUGACAGAUGCGCUGGCUCUGGUGCUGCUGACACUGACAGCAGCAAGUACGAGUUGUAUGAGGAGGAUGAGGAUGGCAUAACGGACUGUGCCCACUACCUGCGGCGGCCACUGGCCACUGGCUCCAACGCUGAGCCCUCUGGCCACCCUGAAGCACAGCUCUGUGGCUUCCUCUGGAGAAAGCGUUGGCUGGGGCACUGGGCAAAGCAGCUCUUUGUUGUCCGUGAGCACGUACUGCUGUGCUUCAGGUGUGCCACCGACCUGCAGCCAGUGCUGGAGCUAGAUCUGUGGGGCUGCCAUGUCACCUACAAAGCCAAGCACGGCAAGAAGAUGCCACAUGCCCUGAAGUUGACAGGAAUGGCAGGAGAGGUGCUGGUCAUCGGUUUCCAGAGCCAGCAGCAGGCUGAGGACUGGAGGAAGGUGAUCGAGGAGGUCAGCAGCAAUACCCCGAGUGGGCUGACAGCAAUCAGUGUCCCACCAUCACCCUCCUCAAGGCUUAGCAGGGCUACCAGGUCCCAGCUUGGCAGGGAAGAAGGGAAGGAGGAUUGCUCCAAGCAGAGCCCUGCUCGCAGCCUCCAGCCCAGAGAGGAUGCUAAAAGAGGUGCAGUGUGUGGGUACCAGGUGAGGGGUGUCCCUGCACCCUGUGCCACUGCUGAUGGGGAUGCACCCGCAGGUUUCCUGGCGGUGCGGCUGCGUGGGCGCUGGCAGCAGCUGUGGUGCGCAGUGCGGCAGGGAGCCCUGCGCAUGUUCCCUGAGCCUGGGGGGACCCAGCGCCCCACCUGCGCCCUGCAGCUGGAGAGCUGUGAGGUUUCCCCAGGGGCAGCCGCAGGCUCCCCCCAGCACCUCCGCAUCCGCAUCGCACAGCGGGGCCAGGAGCUUGCCCUGCUGCAGACCCGUUCAGAUGAGGAGAGGGAAGCCUGGCUGAAGUCCCUGCAGGCCAGGGGAGGAGGGGAGACAGACAGUGGCCGUUCCCACACCAAGACCUCUAAGCUGAGUGAUACCAGCAGCUGCCCUGCCGCGAGUGUGCUGCUGCUACGCCAUGUCCCAAACCCCAACACCUACAUGGACAACCCCUUCAGGAAGCUCCCACUGACUGAGGCCCCCAAGCACCUCUACUCCAACAUGGAAAGGCUGCAGCAGCUGCAGGAUCGAGCAGUGCAAGGGCAGCGAAAGAGACCCAUGUCUGCACUGCCCGUCGGUGCCUGCAGCAAGGCCCCAGGCAGCUCCCUGCCCUCACAGACAGCAUCUGCAGCAGCUCUCCACGGCAGGGCUGCCAGCCCACAGUGGGUGAAGGUGAGCCCCAAGCUCCGGAGCAGGGAUCUCACCCAGUCCCAGUGUACCCUGACGCUGCCCGAGAGGAAAGGGGCUCAGGACGGGCUGGAUAUCCUCAUUGGGAAGAGAGCCCUCCCGAAGCUGGAGGAGAAGGUGGGGCAGCUGGAGAGGGCCUGUCGAAUGAAGGGCAGGCUGAAAGCUGGCUCCGAGAUGAACCUACUGGCCAUCAGCAAGUCGCUGAAGGGCCACAUUGCCACCAGCAGCAGCUCAGCUGUCUCUGAGGGCUCAUUCCUCACACCACUGUUGAAGCGUACCAUGUCAGCAAAGAGUGCCCUGAAGCCACCUCCCUCCCCAGUCACCAUUAGGAAGGGAGAAGUGCUGCAGAAGAGAAAGGUAUCAGCCAGGAACUGCAUGGAGUGGGCAGAGCUAAGGUGAGCUGGGUACCACACAUGGUACUGGGACAUGGCAGGGGUUGACCACCCGUCUUGGCUGCUCUGCAGGAGUGGGAAAUGAAGUCUGCAAUGUGACUAGCACUGCAACAGGCCCAGGACAGCACCUGCCCCGCAGACAGACCUGCCGGAUUGGGCAUCUCUCAGCAGAACAGGGCUGCAUGUGGAUUGUGCAGGACCAGCUUGGUAUCUGUUUUUUAACCAUCAAUAUCAACACUUCAACUACGCACAUUUUAUAUAUAUAUAUAUACACACACACACACACACACACACACAUAUAUCAAUUCUCUGUCCAUGGGUUUCUAGUUCAUCUGGCAUGGGGGCUGGAGAGCAGGAAGCCUUCUCCCAGCACCUUGGUUUACAGGACACAGCCUUCCCGGUUGCAACCUCAUCAGCUGAUAGUUCUGUCCCCGGUGUGGAUCCAGUCAAAACCGUGCUCUGGUAGCACCUCAGCCCCUCAAGACACCUCUCACAGGGCUGAGUGUGGAUGCACCCGGGACAAGCAACCGAGGGGGAAUGCAGCCUGAUAAAAAACUAAGCGUUACGAAUUUCGGCACCAGCCGCGUUGUGCUGCGGGACGAGCCGGGGCGGGGCGAUGCUGUCACGCCGCCCGACGUGCGCAGGGGCGGACCCUGCCCCGGUGCGACGAGUGAGCCAGCGGCUGUCCCUUCCCGGCCCGGUGCACGGGGUGAUGUCCCCACCCCCGAGUUGCCCCCCGGAGCACUUUUAGCGUCUAGGCACCUUUCCAAACCCCUGCCCCAUAGCCUCUUUCUCCCUCCAGCCCCGACACCUCUCCAGCCUCCGUCCCUCCCCGCUCCCGCAGCUCCUCCGCCCCCCAUAUCCACCCGCCUCUCGCCUCCGGCUGCCCACAC